AUGUUGCCAACCAAAUGGCUACAGCGGUUGCACGAUGCGCGAAUUCGGUUAUGCCAUAACACUGCGUGUCACGCUGAACAUGAUGAAUUGCGAUUUGUGCGCGAUUGGGCCUACCUGAAUCCCGGCACUAAACAUGUGCCUCGGAACAUUAUUAUUAAUUGCGAGAAAAAUAUCAAGCGCUACGUGUACUUUUUGAAACGUCGUUACGGACCACCUGUUGAGGUCACUGUGGACCAGUAUUUUAACGUAAAUAUUAGCCAAUGGGCAGAGGGUCUUUAUUGGCUCUUUUGUGACGAACACACGCUCAAAAUAUACUCGGGAUUUCCUCGAGCGAUUUUCGACAAAGGUCACUUUGAACAAGAUUGCAGCGGAGCCCCCGAUGUGAUCUAUUUGGAAGAUGAACGGAAGGAAUAUCAGCUUUGUCAAUGGAAAGCUGUAGUUCCAUCCUUUUGGGAGGGAGUUGCACGAGUUUUGCAACCACUGCAAGCGUCACUUCGAUGUCAUUCGAUUCCACCUGGACUGAAUUUUGAACAAGGUUUGCUACGAACCGGUGCAAGAGAUAUGAUGCAGGGCUUUAUCAAAGUGUUCUGUUAUCCCGGUCGUUUUCAAAAGACACUUAUAAUUGCAUCCAGUCCACAGGAAUUCACCAUUCAUUUGUCUCCAAAAGCAUUCAUCAUAAACAACACACAUUCGGGGAAACUAAGUGCUGCAGUCGGACGUUUUGCGGAUGGUGAGCGCGUGAAUGCCUAUCUGACGGCACGAUUCCCAGUUACGUGCGCUGUCACUUAUACAAGUCAAAAACCGGGUUUCGUAUGGUUGUUUACUGGUCAAACUCCAUUUGCUGCCCUGUUCUCGGGAAUGGCACGUAUUGUUUGCAAUCAAACCGAAAUGCGAUUACAACAGGUGUUCAAUCGAAUUGUAGUGACCGGUCCUGAUGGUAGACCUCCAUGCGAGCCCCCCAACGUGAUUAAACUGGAAAAGAACAGAACAUCGUAUCCGCGGUGCCCACCGUUGGACAUGUCAGAUAGACCGAUAGCCGGAGUACAACUGCCGCCCGAUGUACAAUGUUUGGACCUGCACAAACAAUAUCGCUUCGUCGAGGGAAGUCUAGUGAUCACGAUAGCACCAGUUGAACCCGACCUGGUGCCAUUUUUGUGCACACCCGGCUUGCAAAACAAAUCCAUUCUUAUUCAUGAUCCGAAUGAUCUUCGUUUGGAAAUAAUCGGACAGGAGGCACAAUCCGUCUUUGAUGACGAAGGACACAAAUACGUGUGUGUUUUGACGGGACCGAUCGACUCAAUGUUGGGCUCUGAAGUAAACAAACCCCGCUGGAGGUCAUUGUGGUUUCGCACACGCGUGACAAUCAUGGGCAAUGAGAUUAGAGUCGAUAAAGAAGCCUCUCUGGGCGAACAUUCGUACGAAUGUUUUUAUCAUCGCCCAUGGAUCUCGUUGCGCCAACCGUUUCAAUUCAAGGUUUCGCAAAAGUCGCAAAUCAAGCUUAUUAUCAAGUAUGAAGGUAAAGAAAAACAAUAUUACUUGCCCAAAGAAGAGUUGCCCAAAAUCUUUUGUCACCUGCACGGCGGUAAAAUGACCGAGGAAGACUCGAUUCGAUGGAGUCUACUGCACGGAGAUGUGCCCUAUCGUUUGACGAUCAUUGGUAUGAGACAUCAACUGGAACUGGAUAACGGCGGACCGACGGAAAGCACUUUUCGGUGUUCUACAGUAGGCCAGUCAAAAUGCCUGUCCAAAAUCAUUUUAUUGAGGAUUAUAAACGGUGAAGCCACAUUUGAGAUAUCCGAAACCGACAACAUUGGACCACUAGCUUUUGUCUCUUGCCAAUUUACAAGCCGCUAUCUGGGCAUCGACACGGAGAGUGGAACGAAAAUUGCUGCAUAUGAUAUCUCCGGUGAGCUUCAAAACUGA